AUUUUAACUUAGAUUGAAAUUUGACGCAGGUUUAUUAUUAAUUUAUACAAAAUAACAUUCAAAAUAUCUUUAUAAAUAUUAAAAGUUAUUAUGCCAGCUGUUGAUAAGACUCUUGAAGAUGAUGAAAAUUAUAUUAUAUCUCGAGCAAAGGAAGCUCAAAAGAGCAAUAUUUAUUCUGCGAAGGCUUGGAUGUUGACUGCUAAAACACUGUUUCCAGCUAAUUUUAAAAUUCAGUUCGAAGCCUACUUAAUGGAAAAACAAUCUGGAAAUGUACAAGAAGCAGCUGAAUGUUUUAGUUCAUUAAUGAUGUCACCACAAAAUCUACCAGAUUUAUUAACAGAAAUUUCUGCUAUUGCUCAUGCUCUUAAAUCCAAUGAGCCCUGUUUUUUAAGUCAAAUGUUUGAUAAUAUUAGUCCUGAUAUACAACUAACAAUACUUAAAACAAGUGUUGAAAAUAGUGAUGAUACAAUGGAGCAUUGUCGUUUGCUAGUGCUAUUAUUAAAAAAGUUUCCACAAUUAGGUGUAGAUAGUCUUGUCAAAACACUUAUAAACGCUGAAGAAUUUUUUUAUGAUAAUCGAUAUGCUCGUCUGCUUGUUGUAGAAACUUUGCCUUUACUCAAUUCUUUGGAAUCACCUAGACUGUUACAACGAUUAGUGGUUAAAGCAAUUGAUUUUUAUAAUUCUUAUAUUUAUGAUGAAAGUGAACAUGAUAUUACAGAUCCCUGGCAAAGACUUUAUGGUGUACUUGAAUUAUUGGGACGUCAACUCGGCUGGGAUUCUUAUUUAGUUAAUUACAGCAAUAGCUUAAAUAAAGAAUCCUAUUUUCAAAAAUUAUUGUCAUUGAGAAAUUUUGAUGAUUGUAGACAACUUUUAUAUUGUGGAGUAGUAUUUUUUUUAAGGUCACUCUAUGAACAUAAAUCCCUUAAGGGAAAUCAUAUAUUAGUAGAAGCUUUAUCUGAUCCUGAUGCACCACCAUCAAAACGAAGAAAAGGUGAUAUUGAGGUGACAGGAGUAUCAGCUCACCAGUUUCAAGCAGCUGCCAAUUGUUGGGAACUGUUACAUCGCAAUGAAGUUAUUUCAAGGGAAUUUAUAAAAUUAACUUCACAGCUGCAAGUUAAACCUUGGGUAGAAGGUUUUUCUGAAGAAUUAGCUCUAUUUAGAGGCAGAUAUGAAGAAGCAUGUCCAUCCUCAACAAGUAGUAAUAUAAAUGUUCUAAUAGCAAAUGUAUCUGCUUACUUUUUUCAGCAAAACUACAGUGCUUGCAUUGAAAAUAUUUUGGCAGCAUUGCCUUUACUGCCUUCAAUUGAGGGAUCAUUGGAGUCAGAUCUCAUUAUUGGCGGAAAACAUCGCCAUCUUCACUUUUUACCUUUAACUAAGUUUGCAAUCAUGCAUUAUUUCUGUACUCUACUGAUAAGGAUACUCAUGAAAACUGGAAAUAACACUGAUAUGGCUUAUGGUCAUAUAUUAGUAUUAAUGCAACUUGGCUGGCCACAGGAAGAAGCGAUAUUUAUUCAUAUCAUGGAUACAAUUAGGAAAAAAGGUGUAUUUCAUUAUCAUCUUUUUCCAACAUACAUUAUUCACAUAGAUUUGUUAGAAGAAUUAAGUUUUAUCUGGAAUGAACAAGGAAAAAAUGUUGCUUUGGAUAUUUUACCCAAUUCACAACAACAUCUGGGGCAGCGCAGAAUAGGCACUCGAGGAGCAGAUAAAGGUGUCAAAGAAGAUUUUAAACAAGCAAUGAAAGCUCAAGUUGCAAGAAGUAAUGAAUCUUUGCUAAAUUUAAUAAUUCAGUUUAUAACAGCUGAGAGAUCUUAUUUUUUGCAAGCUUUAUAGCCAAUUCGUAAGCAAUAAGUGAAAGAAAAUGUGUAAAUGAAAUGUUUAUUUAAUAAAUUGAUUUCAUAACUAAA